GACGUCUCCUCCCCCUCCCUCCUCAGUCCCAACAUUCAACCCCAUAACACCUCAGCACCCAGCCACCGCUACUCCCACCUCCUGCUGAAGCCUUCCCUCACCAACUUUCAGGAUCGAGACAUUUCGAACUCCACCAGCGGCGUCGGGAACCGCCAUCUAGGGUCGAGCUGCGGAUUUCCCCAAAGACUCCGGAUCUCGUGGGCUGAUGAAUCCAGACGCGGGAUAGGGCAGCACCCCAGUUUGAAGACAGCGGAAGAAGAGAAGGGAGAAGAAUAUAAAAAAAGAUAAACUUGAACCAUAAUAAAACCAAAAAAAGAUGGACGCCCCUCAGGCAGGGGUUCAAGCAUCGAGGUCGGCGGCGACGACUGAAUCUCCUAUAUCCAUAUCCGCACCCACACCCACAGCGUCGACAGCGGCAGCGACCACCCCAGGCGUGCAGCCUACAGGCGCCCCGAGAAAGCCACAGCGUAUCCUCGCCUGCGUCCUCUGCCAACAUCGCAAGAUCAAGUGUGACAGGAGUUUCCCAUGCGCCAAUUGUCUCAAGGCAAACGUGACAUGCACGCCGAGCACGCCGGCACCUGCCCGGAAACGCCGGAGACCAAAUCAGGACCUCCAGGAGCGCUUGGCCAGGUGUGAGGAGUUGUUGAAGGAGUACGCAACCGCAAAGCCGCCCUCUCCGCCCCCGGCGAAGCCUCCCUCUCCCAAGCCCGACUGCAUACCGGAACUGGAAGAUCCCAUUCCAAAAUGGAAGCCCGCCGGCAAGCUCAUAGAGGAGGACGGCGGCGUCCGUUUCAUGGAUUCGUACCUGCUGACGACUGUCUACGAUGAAUUGAAAUCAAUGCGGAAGAUCGUCGACGAAGAGAUCUCAUGCGACGAAUCUACCCCCCUUCCCAUGGACGAAGUCUCCAACUCUCCCGAUGACAACUCGGAUCUUCUCUUCGGCGCGGCGGAGCUGCCCUCUGCCAGUCCUAAAGAACUCGCCCCGAGCCCUAGUCAUAUAGUUCGUCUGUGGCAGAUCUUUCUCGACCGAUGCAACCCCUUGACCAAGAUCAUCCACGUUCCGACAGUGCAGCCCCACCUGUUGGAGGCAACAGGGACAUCGCCACGGCUACCCAAGAACGUGGAGGCCCUUCUCUUCUCUAUAUAUACUCUGGCCACCGUCUCGAUGAGCAAGGAGGAAUGUCAAGAAAUUCUCGGAAUUUCACGAGAUAAGGCGCUGGCGAAUUUCAGCCAGGGCGUCCGUUUGACUCUAACGCGUAUGGGCUUCCUCAAGACCCACGAUCUCUUGACGCUUCAGGCCCUAGUCAUUUAUCUGAUCUCAUUGCAAGGACGAUACAAUCGUCAUGCGUCGUGGAUCUUGAAUGGCGUAGUCAUUCGUGUUGCCCAGAAGAUGGGACUGCACCGUGAUGGUGAGCUGCUAGGCCUCAAGCCCUUCGAGACGGAGAUGAGGAGACGGCUCUGGUGGCAGAUCAUCAUGGUCGAUGCCAAGUAUGCCAUGAUGUCGGGGCUUAGCCAUACGCUUCUGCCCCGCGGCUGGGACACCAAGGAGCCCAAGAACAUCAGCGACGAUGAUCUCUUACCUUCUGCCACGGAGCCGAUCGAGGACAAGGAAGGGCCGACGGACAUGAUCCUCGUCAUUACCAUCUUCAGAAUUGCCAAGUAUCUCAUACAUUUGCCGGGCAUUGAGACGAUACUGCUGAUCAACGAGUUGGAGGCCACGAGGGGGAUCACCACGCCCAACAAGGCCAAGGUUGCCGAGUACAGGGCGGUCGUCCUCAAGCUCCACGAGCAGCUGGACGAGAUGUACAGCAGGUUCUCUUCACCAACGGCCGGACCCCUCCACGAUCUUGCUCGUCACCUCAAGGAGCACCUCAUGGGCAAGCUCGCGGCGCUUGCCAAACCGCCGGCAGAAUCCUCUGACUGGGGCACCGAGGUCUUUGAUCACACGAGCAACGCGUUCAAGCUUGCCGUCGACACGACGAGCUCCGCCAUCCAGCAGUACAAGAUAGCAAGCUACCCGGGCUGGGACUGGUUCUCGCGGCUGCACUUCCAGCUUGAUAUAUUUGCGUACCUCGUGGGCCAGCUCUCGUAUCGCACGACGGGGCGGCUUGUGGACAAGGCAUGGCAGGCCGUGGAGGAUGUCUACGAAUUCCACCCAGAAUUCUACGAGGUGUCUCAAAAACUGUACUACCAGCUGGCGCACUUCAUCUUCAAGGCGUGGCGCAAGCGAGAAGAGGCCCUCCGCGUGAGGCUGGGCCAGUCCCCCGAGACGCCUCGAUGCGUACAAAAGCUGCGCACGCUGAUGCCCGGCUCCGACGACGCGAGCACCAAGAGCGACUCUGGGAGGACACCCAGCAGUGAUAUCGCGGUCGAAAUUCCACCGUUUGACGCCUACAUGGGCAACUAUUUUGAUUUUAACGGGACGCUAGACUUUGACAUCUGGGGCAACCCGCCGGGUAUGGUCGAGAAUGUCCAAAAUACAUCACAGGUGGACCAGAACCUGCAGCUGCAGGAUAUGUCCCCAUACGGCGUAAUGGGACCAGGAACAUGGAAAUAAUGCGACAACGUGAAUUUUUGAAGGCUCGCCCCGGGCGGGCUUAUGGGACUGUCGCCACCAUGGCUUCGUGUCUUUUGGGUGACCACUCCCCAUGGCGGGUGUACAACAAUAGCAACUACGACAAAACAGGUCGGAACUAGGAAUUGAGGGUUUCAGGUUCUAUACAGGUCAAGGUGUUCUGGCAGGAGGUUGGGGCUUUCUUACUAUCAAAUAUAGGGGCACGGUCACGACUCGCGAGGACAGCAACGGAAGAGGAGGCGGACGCACGAUUGCGUAGGUAUGACGGUUAAUGAAACACGCCACAACUCUCUC